GAGGGGUGGGCCUGGGAGGCGGAGAAGAAGGGCGCUGGAGCCAGGCUGCAGGCUGCUGGGACGGGAUGCCGCCUCCUCCUCCUCCCGGAGCCGGAGCAGGGCUGCGCGGCCGGGGCUAAGCAGGCGCCCUGGGCCCGCGGGAGGAUGGGCUGCGGCGGGAGCCGGGCCGACGCCAUCGAGCCCCGCUACUACGAGAGCUGGACCCGCGAGACCGAGUCCACCUGGCUCACCUACACCGACUCGGAGGGCCCGCCCAGCGUCGGCCCGGACUGCGGCCCCGAGGCGGGCGGGCUGCAGGCGGGUGUGCUAGAAGAUGGACUGCCUUCCAAUGGUGUGCCCCGGUCUACAGCCCCAGGUGUAAUGGCCAACUCAGAGAAGAAGAUGAUCUGUGGGACCCAGUGUCCAAAUCCCCAGAGCCUCCCCUCAGGUCCUUUGACCCAGAAACAGAAUGGCCUUCGGACCAUGGAGGCUAAAAGAGAUGCUAAGCGAAUGUCUGCAAAAGAAGUCAGCCUUCACGUUACUGACAGCAUCCGGCAGGUGGAGAGAAGUCAAAGAAUCACAAAGAACUGUGCCAACUAGCAGACUGUUGAGCUACAAGGGCAGACAGACUUCUUCUUCUUCUAUGCCCUUUUGCAUACUGGAUACUAUCCAUCAAGGAACCUUGAAGAAGUAGGUGGCCUUGGCUGAACCUGACAACUGCUGAAUACCUUGAGAGGUUUCUUGUCACUAGAGAGAAGUCCAAUGCAAUAUAUCCAUUGCGCCACAUAGAGAGAUAUUUCUUUUUUUUUUUUUUUUAUCUUUUUACUUAUUGGA